GUCACAAGAAGAAAAAAACAAAUAGCCUUCAAGUUAAAACUUUUCACAUACAUAUGAUAAUUCCAAAACUGCUUCACAUGUCAUUAACAAGAUUCUGUGUCCACAUCCUUCUUUAUAAACCAUAAGAUUUUCUUUAGAUUUCUUUUUGUAAAUUAUAUAUAUAAUUAGUUCUCUAUAUAUAUAUAUAUAUAUCUCUUGAGUGUGUGUGAGAGAGAGAGAGGGAGAGAGAGAGAGAGAAAGAAUGGUUUCCAAAGUUCACAAGAGAACAGCCAUAUACAGGAGGAAACUACAACUGCUACGUUCAAUCAUAUACUCCCCAUCGCACAGUAAAACCUCAGUGAUAUUGGAUGCAACAGAGUAUAUACAAGGAUUAAAGCAAAAACUUGAAGAAUUGAAACAGUUACCUGUUCCAACAACACAAUCAAUUGUUGAUUAUAAUCCAAUGCCUAAGCUUAAAGUUGAGACACAAGAAGAAGGCUUUGUGAUCAAGGUUCAUAGUGAAAGGAGUUGCCAAGGAUUGCUAGUGUUCAUCUUGGAAGCUUUCGAAGAACUUGGUCUUGAAGUACCCCAUGCUAGGGUUUCUUGUGUUGAUGACUUUUGUUUAGAAGCUAUUGGGAACAAAGAGAACAAUGAAGAUACUAGUCCUUUGAGUGCACAAUUAGUUGAAGAAGUGGUGUCUCAAGCUAUUCAAAACUGGUGCAAGUUACAAAACAUUAAUGAUUAAUGAUCCAACAACAGCUUUUUUGUAUCUAAUUAAGCAGAAAAUUUUUGCUUAUUAAUGCUUGAGUUUUCCUCGUUGUUAA